GCCCGGCAUGAAGGAGAUCCUGCUGAUGGGCUUCUACCAGCCCCACGAGGCCCUCGGCCGCUUCCUGGUGUCGGCGCAGCAGGAGUUCAAGAUCCCCAUCAGGUAUCUCCAGGAGUACGCGGCGCUGGGCACGGGUGGUGGCAUCUAUCACUUCCGAGACCAGAUCCUGUCGGGUGGUGCUGAGGCCUUCUUUGUCCUCAACGCAGAUGUGUGCUCAGAGUUCCCCUUGCAGGAGAUGCUGGAGUUCCGGCAGCGGCACGGGGAUGCGCACAGCUUUGUCAUUCUGGGUACCACAGCCAACAGGACGCAGGCGCUGAAUUAUGGCUGUAUCGUGGCAAACGCAGACACACAGGAGGUCCAGCACUACGUGGAGAAGCCCAGCACGUUUGUCAGUGAGAUCAUUAACUGCGGCAUCUACCUGUUCACACCUGCCAUCUUCCAGCACAUUGGCGAGGUCUUCCAGAGGAACCAGCGGGAGCUAGUGCUCUGUCCUUACCUUGGAGAGGAGAGCUCCAACGGCUGGCAGCGUGCAGAAGUGAUCCGGCUAGAGCAGGACGUUUUCACAGCGCUAGCUGGGAGUGGCAAACUCUAUGUCUACAAAACUGAUGGCUUCUGGAGCCAGAUCAAAUCAGCAGGCUCUGCUAUCUAUGCCAGCCGCCUUUACCUGAACCAGUACAGCAAAAGCCACCCGGAGAGGCUGGCCCAGAACAAGCCUGAAGGCCCUGUCAUCCGAGGGAACGUGUACAUCCACCCAACGGCCUCCAUCGACAGCACUGCAGUGCUGGGCCCCAACGUCUCCAUUGGGGAGGGGGUGACGGUAGGAGCUGGUGUGCGCGUGCGAGAGUCCAUUGUCCUGCACGGCGCUUCACUCCACGACCACACCUGUGUCCUCAAUACCAUUGUGGGCUGGGACAGCACCAUCGGGCGCUGGGCCCGGGUUGAAGGAACGCCCAGUGACCCCAACCCUAAUGAUCCCUAUGCUAAGAUUGACAGUGAGACCCUCUUCCGGGACGGGCGCCUUACGCCAUCCAUCACAAUCCUGGGCUGCAGUGUCACCAUCCCUGCUGAGGUUGUUAUCCUCAACUCCAUCGUCCUUCCUCACAAGGAGCUGAGCCGCAGCUACAAGAACCAGAUUAUCCUGUGAGUCAGCUGCUCGCUGGGCUGGGGGGGGACCAGUGCUUGUCCCCCCACUCCCUGCUGUGCCCCACAGCAAGAGCCUGUGCUGGGGUUUCACCUCCUGGGAGGUUUCCAGCACCCCCAGAGGGGUAGGUGCAGGCCAGGAGCCCUGCAAGUGCCUGACUCCUACUCCAGACAGACAUUAAAGCUGGUGAGCAUCAGCCUCGCGUGCUGCUUCUCUUGCAGCCCAGGGACAAGCCCAGGGGCAGGGUGAAGGCUUUGGGGACAGCACGUGGCCCUGGCACCAGGCUGCACGCCUGUGCAGAGAGCCCCGGGGCCGAGGCUGUUGAGGGAGCACUUGCUGCCUACAACAUCUCAGGUCCUGAGCUUUGGGUGUUUCUCCACCAAAGGGCACUACCAGCAUGGUCUUGCCACUACUCACCAGGGCUCUCCCUGCUCUGCAAACGUUGCUGUCUGCAACUCCCUGGAAGGUCUUGGCCCAUCUCAGAGGCUGGGGAGCUUUGAAUGUGCCCACCCUGCAUAGGCAACCUGCCCUGCAGGAGCCAGUUGUGAGGAUCCCAAUUUCAGCAGCGUGUCUGCAAGAGCCUGAGCUGGGCUCCUGCCUACCACUAGGAAAACACAGCAGCACCAGGCUGUCUUAAGGGCACUGGUGCACAAGGGCUGGGUUGGACAGGCAGGCUGCUGGCCCUGGAGGGAGCUGCAAAAGCACCCCUUCCCCCAGCACCACCUCUGCCCCCAAGGGCUCGGUAUGAGCCAGGAGAGCUGCCAGCCCUGCCGAGCCCGCUCCCGUCAGGCUGAGACCUGCACAGGCUGUCUAGGCAGGGCUCAGGAUGAUGGCAGCAGGCUCCUGCCACCCCGGUGGGCCAACGGCCUCCUCUGCACCAGCAUGGCUGUAAGUUGGGGGGGGCUCGCUGUAUGUCUCCCCUCGCACCAGACAAGUCCACAGGGCACCGGAGCAAUCAACUUGCAUGCGUGCAGGUGGCAAGAGACCUGCCUUGCUGUGUCUCAGAAAACUUUUUAUUGAAGGCAGCUCCCUGCUGAUUCUGGCACGCUCUAUCUAUGGUAACCAACACUUGCCCUUUAUCCACUUACCUCCCCGUCUUCUUUGUUUUUGGAGCUCUGUGCUAAAGCCCUGUGCUCUGCCGAAGGGCCCCAUUACACCUCUCGCCUUCAGUGAGGCACGGCAUUAGGGAUUCUCCCUCCACCCAGUACCACCCCAGUUCAGAUUUGCAGUAAAUCCUUGCUCCCAGCCCUGUGCCUUCCUGUGCCCGUUCUCCUGUGGUCCUGGGCAGAGAUUAGCUGUUCCCUGGCUUUAAGCACAUUAAACGCCUUAAGUUUUGCCUCUGC